AUGCGCGCAAACAGGUUCGCCAACCCCAUCUGCCUCGCCUCCCCCGACGCCGACCUCGUCCCUUCCCCGAUGGAGGCCCCUCGCUUCGCCUUCGUGACGCUGUGCACCAGCGACGCGUACCUCCCCGGUGCCCUCGUCACGCUCCACUCGGUCCUCGAUGUCGAGCCGGCGAGCCCGCUCGAGCGCGAGUGGACCACGGUCGCCCUCACGACCCCGGCCACGGUCGCCCACUCGACCGUGCAGGCCCUCACAAAGGCGUUCGACGUCGUCAUUGGCGUCGAGAGCAUCGUCACCCAGAGCUGGGAAGAGCUCAAGCUCCUCGGCCGUCGCGACCUCGCAGCCACCCUCACCAAGCUGCACCUGUUCCGCCUCACCCAGUUCGACAAGGUCAUCUUCCUCGACGCCGACACGCUCGUCGUCCGCCCCAUCUCGCACCUGUUCCACCUCCCGCACCAGUUCGCCGCCGCGCCCGACCAGGGAUGGCCCGACGCGUUCAACUCGGGCGUCCUCGUCGCGACCCCGGCCCUCGACACGUUCGACGCCCUCAUGGACAUGAUGCGCUCGCGCGGCACGUGGGACGGCGGCGACCAGGGCCUCCUCAACGACUUCUUCCCCGACUGGCACCGGCUCAGCUUCACGUUCAACGUGACGCCGUCCGCCUACUACACCUACGCGCCGGCGUACAAGCGCCACGGCCAAGACGUCUCGGUCCUUCAUUUCAUCGGCGCCGACAAGCCGUGGUACCGCGGCUCGCGCAAGACGUACGACCCCGAGGCGGCGAGCAAGGACUACUACGGGCUCGUCGGGCAAUGGUUCGACGUGUUCGAGCGCCACUACGGCACCGUGUCGACGUGGGACGUCGCCGGCCGCGUCGUCGUCCCGCCCAAGAGCUUCUUGCGCAAGGACUUCUCGAGCCUGCCCCUCCUCCCGGCCUACUCGAAGCCGUCGCUCUCGUCGCCUCGCGACGAGCGCUCGUCCGCCGCCUCGUCGUCGGCGUCGACCCCGACCAUCUCGGUCAAGGCGCCCUCGCCGUCCCGGCCUGUCGCCAUCUCGGGCUCGACGCGCCAGCCCUCGCCGCCGCACCUCACGUGGGACCCGGCGCGCUCGUCGCCGCCGCGUGACGGCCCGCUCCAGAUGCGCGACGCGAUCCCGACGACGGCCAACAUGUGGGACGACGGCGUCCCUCGCUCGCAGCAGCGCGCCCGCUUCGAGCCGCCGUCGGCCUAUCCGCCGCCGCCGAGCGAGACGCACGACUGGUACAAGGACGUCAUGCGCUCCAAGCCCGACCCGUCCCUCAUCCGCCCCGUCUUCCCCUGGGAGCAACCCGCGCCGACCUCGUCCUCGUCGUCGUCGUCGGCCCCGGUCGCGCCUCCUGCGCCGACGCGCACCUUCUCGGACGAGCCUCCCGCGACCGGCGCGCCCUCGCUCCGGUUCGCCGGCGGCAGCAACUUCAGCAACGCCUGGGACACGGUCCCCGGCAUCACGCGCUACGCGCAGCAGCUCGCCAAGCGCCAUGUGCGCCGGCCGAGCGGCGGGCGCAGCACGAGCUCGGGCGCGCCGACGGCGAGCGCCGGCGGGUCGAGCGCGAGCACGCGCGGGCACGCGUCGGCCGAGGGCAGCUCGACGCCGCACGGCUCGAGGCCGGCCCACAGGAGGAGCAGGAGCGCGAGCACCGUGACGGCGCCUCGUGCGGGCGAGGCGGGUCACGCCCAGGGGCAGGCGGCGGUCGGCGUCGAGGGCGGCAGGAGCGCCGGCGCGCUGUACACCAAGGACGGCGACGCGAGCUCGCGCGACGGCGACGACGAGGACGAGGACGACGCCGAGGUGUCGACCUCGUCGGCGGCGACCGGUGGCGACGCCGAGGACAACGACGCCGAGGUCGACAGCGACGAGGACAUCGAGGGCAUCGACCGCAUCACGAUCAAGUUCCGCCAGGCGCUCCAGGCCGGCGAGCUCGACCCGACCAACCUGCAGCGCGGCAAGAAGAGCGGGUCGCCGAGCUCGAACGAGGGCGGCAACGACGGCGCCGACACGCCGUCGUUCUACGCCCUGCCGCCCAAGAGCCCUCGCGACGCGCCCAUGGUGCCCUCGUCGCCGCAGAAGACGCGCCGCGACUCGCGCUACGUCCCGACGUCGCCUCGUCAGCCUCGUUCGCCGCAGGCCGGCCUCGCGAGCAACCCGCUCCCCUUCCUCGGCGCCCCCGUCGCCUCAUCGUCGUCGGCGGCGUCGUCGGCCGCCGCCACGGCCGCCGAGCUCGCCAACCGGCCCGCGCUCCGCCUCCAGCUCCCGACUACGCCUGGCGGCUCGGCGCUCUCGCCCCGUCUCGCGGCGCAGGCGCUGCGCAACUCAACCGCCGCGCGCCUGACGGCGACCGGGUCCGGCAGCGGCGACGGCCCGCCGGUCGUGCGCGCGACGAGGGUCUUCAGCCCCGAGACCGACACGGGCGUCGUCAAGCAGCAGGGCCUCGCCGCGCUGCAGCGGUUUGUCGAGAACAUGGAGAGCAUGCAGCAGCAGCAGCACCAGGGCCACUACCAGGGCUGAGCGCCACCGUCGUCGUCGGCGUCGUCGUCGGCGCCACCAAAAGGUCUUCCUCAUCCCUCCUCCCUCUCUCUCUCCUUUCGUGUUUCGUCCCUCCUCUUUCACCCCUAGUCACCCCCUUCUCGCGCAUUCGCUUUCAGUCGUCUCUCUGUCUCCUUCGUCGUGCCCCUUCUCCGCCAUACAGGUCUCGUCUCUCGAUACAGCUCUCUCCCUCUCUAGGCCCCCUCUCCCUCUCUCUCUCUCUCUCUCUCUGUCACUCGCACGCUCGGCAGCUCUAGCACUUGCAUGCAACUCGUACUUCUCGGUCUA